UUAAUAAUUUGGUGGGUUUAGUUCGUCACGUUCAAGUCCGCCUCAUUGUGCCAGAGUCAACCAACACACACGCAGGCAGACGAAUGCAACCGCUUGGCCGUAGUCGGCGCAUACUCUCCACAUACACAGCGAGAAAGAGGGCGAGAAUUGAGGAACAGAACAGGGUGGGAGGGUUUGCGUGAGAAAGAGAAAGCCAAGCGUAGCACAAGGCAGGCUGCUAGCUGAACAGGGCAGCAUGGCGGGUGUACGGGAGUUCCAACAAGGCAGCCACUGUCACAGAAAAACGUGGAUUAAUAUUCUACUCGGAAUUCUACCACUACUUUUGCCCUGCGUACAGCAUGGAGGGGCUCAAUUACAAGCCCUGAGUCAAAUGUCCAGCGUGGUCGAGGUCUGGCAAGCUGAGGAUGCUGACCCAGUAGUCCCAACUAAGGUGGAAGAGCGCAGCAAAGACAGUCUUCCACUGGAAGAGAGGCAGGUCAUUGGAGCCGUGAAACAGACACCCAAUCAUUGCGCUCGCACAGAUGAGGGAGUUGGAUACAAGACGGUCGCCAACGGAAUUAGCCAACUGCCACCGUCCCGAAUUCUUAUCUCUGAGCUUCACUCUCUUCACUCUGUAUGCGAGUUGGUUCUGCUAUAUGACCGUAAAAAUCGUCAACUCUGUUUGUUUGAAGGGGUGUAG